AACCCCUGAUCACUGAUUAUUUAAACAUUUGAACCUGAAUCAUUUUGUUUUUCUCUAAGAAGCCAUCGUUGCCAAUCACUUACACCAAGAACUAUCUGGUAGUAAAAUCCUUUAAGCUCGACCACCACCAAAAAAUGAAAAAUUUACCAAGACAGCUACAUCGCUACUGUGACGUUUUCAUUAACCAUCGAGGGAUUGACACCAGGAGAACCAUUUCUGGGUUGCUCUACCACCAUUUAGUCCGCCUUGGGCUCAAUCCGUUUCUGGACAGCAAGAACAUGAAGCCUGGCGACCGGCUGUUCGACAAAAUCAACGAUGCUGUUCGACACUGCAAGGUUGGGGUUGCUGUCUUUUCCCCACAUUAUUGUGAAUCAUACUUUUGCCUACACGAGCUGGCUCUGAUGAUGGAAACUAGGAAGAAGGUUAUUCCAAUCUUUUGCGACGUGAAGCCAUCUCAGCUCCAGGUUAAGGACGACCGUUCUUGUCCGGUUGAGGAACUGCAGAGGUUCCGAUGGGCCCUCGAGGAAGCAAAAUACACUGUUGGUCUCACAUUUAACACGUUGAAAGGGUUAGUAUAUCUAUACUUACAAUAGGUCAUGUUUGGUUGAAUAUGAUGAGAAAACAAAUGGUUAAGACAUAAAGAAAUUAAUGUACGUAGU